AUGCCUGUCGAACUUGUUCAAUUCCCGAAAGUUUCCUGUUAUGCUUCCAACACGAAGGAAGUCGGGCAUAUUUACAAGGAGAUCUUCGAAGAUGACUGCUACAGUUGCAUGAACCUCGGUCAAAGUCCUUUCAUUGUUGAUGCUGGCGCGAACGUUGGACUGUUCACUUUGUACAUGAAGCAGAAAUACCCAGCAUCGAAGAUUCUCGCAUUCGAACCCGCUCCGGAGACAUACGAUGUAUUGUGCCGCAACCUCCAGUUACACAACCUCUCAGACACGAAACCUUACCCCUUCUGUUUGAGCUCGAAAGAAGGGACUCAGAAACUAACGUACUUCCCGAACAUGCCCGGCAACUCGACUUUGAAUCCCAGCGAAAAGGAGGAACAGCGCAAGCAGACUAUUGAGCAAUUCGGCGAAGAAGCUGCGAGGUACUAUUUUGGUGGUGCCUGUGAAGUGGAUGUCAGAUUGCAACGAUUGUCCCACUUUCUGUACAACGAGGUCGGUAUCACCAAGAUUGAUCUCGUUAAAAUCGAUGUUGAGGGCGCGGAGCUGGAGGUCUUGCUUGGUUUGAAUGAUGUUCACUGGGAUUUGAUCCAGAAUAUUGUACUUGAGAUAUGGGAAGGGUCUUCUACUCGACUUGCAAUCGAGGACUUGUUACAGUCCAAGGGAUUUUCUUUCACCUGCGAGGGAUUGUCGUGGGCCCCGGAAAGCUUCUUCAUGAUCAGGGCUUCUCGCGCUAAAGAGGCGAUUGUGCAAGGGGAAUAG